AUGGACUACGCCUACGCUUUGCUCGAUAAAGGUUAUAUACCUGAUUCUGCUCUUCGACCGGUGAUCAGGCAAUUGUGCAGGAAGAGAUUGAGGGAGAUUGAUCAUGGAUCAUUCGGUGCCAACCACUCUGCGAAAAUGGCAUUCGUCUCCGACCUGCACACCCGUCCGAUUGCUACCCACACAUCGGAGGCUAACGAACAGCACUACGAGGUACCCACCUCGUUCCAUGCGUUAUGUAUGGGCCCACGAAUGAAAUACUCUUCUUGUCUUUGGGAAGGAUCCGACCCAAGUGGAAAGAACAUUAAAGUCAAGACGCUUGCGGAAGCUGAAGAUUUGAUGUUGAGCAGUUAUUGUAAAGAUGCGAAACUCGGACGAGGACUCAGGGGUAUACUGGAUCUGGGUUGUGGGUGGGGUAGUUUGGGGUUGUUCUUAGCUGAGCACUACCCUCUAGCCCAAAUCAAGAUGCUUUCCAACUCGCGUACUCAAAAAGAAUAUAUUGACUCCCUAGCUUCCGAAAAGGGAUUUAAGAAUGUCGAAGUGAUCACUGGGGAUGUCAACGUCUACGACUUUGAGGAGAAGGAGCAAUUCACACAUAUCAUGUCUAUCGAAAUGUUUGAGCACAUGAAAUCGUAUUCCCUCCUCUUGAAAAAGGUUUCCACAUGGUUGAAACCCAAUGGGAAAUUAUUCAUUCAUAUAUUCUGUCAUCGAUCUCAACCAUAUCAUUUCGAAUCCGAUGACGGGUGGAUGGCUCAAACGUUCUUUAGUGGCGGUACAAUGCCUUCUUUCGACCUAUUCACCUAUUUCCAGGAAGAUUUGAUUCUCAAGCAUUCAGAAUGGAUAAACGGUGUGAAUUAUUCUAAGACACUUGAAAGCUGGCUGGUCAAUCAAGAUAGAAAUUCAAAGAAAGCGAUGAAAGAGCUGGUAGAUAAUAUGGGAGAAGAAGAGGGUAGAAAAACUUAUUAUAGGUUUAGAGUCUUCUUCAUGGCUUGCGCGGAGUUCUUCGGGCUGGAUGGUGGAGAAACUUGGGGUGUGGGUAAGUACCUGUUUGAGAAGAGAUAG